AUGCUACCUGAGAAUAUUUCUGUUUUUUUAAAGGCUUAUAAAUUACGUGAACAUUUUGCUAAUAAGUUUUCUUAUGCUUUAAAAAAGCCAACAUUCAAUUGGUAUACACGUUAUCUUUAUCAAAUUAACUUAAGAAAGCAUAGUAAACUGUUAGAAUCUGCAGCUGUUGAUGCAUGUAAUCUAAGACCAGGUGAAUAUGUAUUAGAAAUUGGCUUUGGAAAAGGCUAUGGUCUUCAGCUGGCUGUUGAACGUGUAGCUCCGACAACCUGUAGCUAUAUGAAAUCAUCUAAAACAAAGUUAAUCUUACAAAAAUACUUUGACAGUUCAUUUCUUGACUCAGAAACUUUUAAAAAUGAUGGAUACGUUUAUGGUGUUGAAAUUUCAGAAUAUAUGAUGAGAAAAGCGAAAUGGCGCUUAUGGCCUUAUAUAUAUGUGAAUCGUGUUGAUCUACAAUUAAGGAGUGUUGAUCAUCUGCCUUAUCCUGCAUCAACAUUUGAUGCAUGCUUCCAUGUGGAUUGUUUCUAUUUUUGGCCUUGUUUAAUAACCUCUUUAAAGAAUAUUUGGCGAAUUCUACGUCCUGAUGGUCGACUUGUAACAACAUUUCAAACAAAACACCUCUCUGAUCUCUCGAAACGUGGUUGGUUCAAAUAUGGUAAUCCUGACCCUUUAGCGUAUGUGCUAGCAUUAGAAAGAAGUGGAUAUGAUAGAAUUGAAUGGAUAAAAUGUCCAACAAUAGCUGUAAACUCUAAAGAAUCUUAUGAUUGUAUUAUUGCUUAUAAACCAAUUGUACGCUUAUUGAGUGCACCUCAAUGUUGACAGGGUUUUGCAUAUCGUGCCUUUGCUGUCUUUCUUUGUAUAUUGCUACCUAUUUUCUCUCCCCCUCUCUUCUAUUUUGUUGUACAGUUUAGCCUAUUUUUACAAAAGGUAAAAUGUAUGCGAAAUAUAUGAGAAUAAAUAUUAGG